CGGUGCGCCAUUUUGACAAUUUUUAUCAAUCGAAUUGGCGGUCGAAGAUUAGAACGAGUUGUAUAUAUGAAGUUAACAAGUUCGUUCUGGUUCGCGUUCGGUGAUACGUUCGCGUACGUGAUCAGAAUGGAUAUAUCGCGAUCGUUCGUUGUCGAAAUUUUUCCGAAUUCUCUGCAGGUUACUCGAGAAUUUUAAACGCUGGUUUUCAGCCCCCCUUGGUAUGCCAAGAUGAAUGUUAAUCUAAAUUUACGUUAAAUAUCCGAUCACACGUAUUAAUCAAUUAAUUGCGAAACAACAUGACAACGGAGACAAGUGGCGAGGUCUCGUGUCUCGAGCGUCUCCAUCAAGAAGUACGAACGUCAUUUUCCCAUCAUCCAUCCUAUAAAUCCGUCCAUAACCUCCAUAACCACCUCCGUAACACCGUUUCACUGUACACAUUCCCCGCAUAGGCUUUUAAUUGUCUGGAUACAUUCCCGAACAAAAUCGUCGAAUUGAACAGCUUCGUGAACGAGUACAUGCCGGAAUCUGUGAAGAAUAACAAAUACGACGACACGAUCCCCAUCGAGGGUAAAGUCAAGUGUCAAUCGACCAUAUCCACCUCGAAAAAUUGCGAUCUAAACAGUAUCUCGGAUUACGGCGUUUCGAGUUACUAUUCUCUGUCGAUGUGUGAUCGCAGUCGAUCCCGACACGGUAUUUGCAAAAGGAAAUACUAUCGUUCCCGAGGCAUAACUGGUUGCAACGUGCGUCGAAGGCCAGGACCACUUGGACAACUGUUGGCAUUUUUAUUCAGCACACUGGCCACGUGCACGAAAAAGAUCGUCAUAGCUCCGUCCCAGUACAUCGUGGACAACAUAAUCCCGACGUUCUUCCAAAGGUGGGUGGUAUAUAACCAACGAAGAAUAAAAAUUAAAGAUAACCCGUAUCUCUUUGGAAGGCGAGAAUUGAAGAACGCACAAUGCGGACCUUCGUCGAACUGGAGUAGUUCCCUUUCCACUUACGUGACCACGUUAAAGAAAGAUACGACCGUGAUCGGGAAGCUGAUCGAUAUUAUGAGGCCCGCCGUGGUGAAGCUAAUCACUGACACAACGAUCUUGAAACGAUGGCUCCAAGCGAUCGCCCUGGCCACCGCGUCCCCCCCCAUCGAACUAACCAACGCGACUCGCAACACCGAGACCAUCGAUUGUUGGGCAUACGAGCUGUUCUUUCAUCUCAAGUACCUUCAAGUGAAUCGCGCGCGGCGGACCACCGACAAAGUAAUCCUUAAAUCCUGAUUUAA